GGUACGCAUGACGUAUUACCGCGACGACUUGCAAGCAGGAUCCUUCACGAGUGACUCAUACAGGCUAUGGUAUGCAGCGAGGCAACAGUACCUAACGGAAGUAUUUUGCAGCUCGUUGACUCUCAUUCUACGAGUUUCUCUACUGCUGAGCUCGUGGUAAAGGGUGUCUUCUACGUCAUCACCCAAGUUUUCCUUCUGGCACGUUUCAGAAUAUGUCUUAUAUACUACGGUAUUGUAAAAAUCGCCUAUUUGGAAAUCAGUCAUUGACAGCUUUACGAGAAGUGGAUAUCUUUACUAUCAAUCAUGGAGGACGAAGUUGCUGCUCUUGUUAUCGACAAUGGAUCUGGAAUGUGCAAAGCCGGUUUUGCUGGCGAUGACGCCCCUCGCGCUGUUUUCCCCUCAAUCGUAGGCCGCCCUCGCCAUCAAGGUGUUAUGGUCGGUAUGGGACAAAAGGACUCAUACGUUGGUGACGAAGCUCAGUCCAAGCGUGGUAUCCUGACCCUCCGUUAUCCUAUUGAGCACGGUAUCGUCACCAACUGGGACGAUAUGGAGAAGAUCUGGCAUCACACUUUCUACAACGAACUUCGUGUUGCUCCUGAGGAACAUCCCGUCUUGCUCACUGAGGCUCCUCUCAACCCCAAGUCUAACCGCGAAAAGAUGACCCAGAUCAUGUUUGAGACCUUCAACUCUCCUGCUUUCUACGUCUCUAUCCAGGCUGUCUUGUCUCUCUAUGCCUCUGGUCGUACCACCGGUAUCGUUCUUGAUUCUGGUGAUGGUGUUUCCCACACUGUCCCCAUUUACGAAGGUUACUCUCUUCCCCACGCUAUCCUUCGUCUUGACUUGGCUGGUCGCGACUUGACUGACUACUUGAUGCGCAUCCUUGCUGAGCGUGGACACACUUUCACCACCACUGCCGAGCGUGAAAUUGUUCGUGAUAUCAAGGAAAAGCUCUGCUACGUCGCUUUGGACUUUGAGCAAGAGAUGCAAACUGCUGCUCAGUCCUCUGCUCUCGAGAAGUCCUACGAACUUCCUGAUGGUCAAGUCAUCACUGUCGGAAACGAGCGCUUCCGUGCUCCUGAAGCUCUCUUCCAGCCCUCUCUUAUCGGAUUGGAAUCCUCUGGUAUCCACGAGACUACCUACAACUCUAUCAUGAAGUGUGAUGUCGAUAUCCGUAAGGACUUGUACUCCAACAUCGUCAUGUCCGGUGGUACCACCAUGUACCCCGGUAUUGCCGACCGUAUGCAGAAGGAGAUUACCGCUUUGGCUCCUAGCUCCAUGAAGAUCAAGAUUGUUGCUCCCCCAGAGCGUAAGUACUCUGUCUGGAUCGGUGGUUCUAUCCUUGCUUCUCUCUCUACCUUCCAACAGAUGUGGGUCAGCAAACAGGAAUACGAUGAGUCCGGUCCUUCCAUUGUCCACCGCAAGUGCUUCUAAAGUACCUGAUCUUGCCUGGACUCUGACUUUGGCCUUUAUUUCAAUUGAUCGCUUCAAUUUACGUGUUUUGAAAACUGCUGAUCAAUUUCACUUUUUUCUUUUUACAUUUUUAUUCGUCUAACAAAAUAAAACAUGCUUUAAGCAAUCUAGCCAUCUAAUGUCUACACAUUAUUCCGUGAUACUGGUCAAGAAUACUCAGGAUUUGGUUAAUAGGAUGUGAUGGUGUAUGUA